AUGGCUCAUCAAAGCAAUAUUCACGUCGGUAUCGUGGGAGCAGGGAUUGGAGGCCUGGCAGCCGCCAUUGCCUUGAGACGGGCGGGAGCACAGGUGACUGUCCUUGAAGCUGCAAAGGAGCUCGGCGAGAUCGGUGCCGGUAUUCAGAUGACACCUAAUGUGUCAGUACUCCUGCAGCGGUGGGGCGUCGACACCGUGAUUGGCAAAAAUCUGGUCCAGUUUGAGGAAUUGAAUAUGCGCCGAAAGGAUGGCACACUCGUUGGCCACACCAAGAUUCCGACUCUCGAGCGUACCCUGGGUCGUCCAUGGUGGGUUGUGCACCGUGCUCACCUCCACGAUGGUCUGGCGACGAUUGCCCGCAGCUUGGGAGCCGACAUUGUCAUUGACGCCCAAGUCACGCGCAUUGACUACCAGACCUCAGACACGGUGACGGUGGAGACAUACAAGCACCAGACGUACACUUUUGACCUCCUCAUCGGCGCAGACGGCAUCAACAGUAUUACGAGAAAGACUUUGUUCCCGAAUGUCCACCCGGAGCCACCGACAACGAACUGCGCGUACCGCGCCAUCGUGCCCUACGACAGGAUUCGACAGGACCCGAUCGCCCGAGAAUUGAUCCAAAAGAAGACGAUGGAAGUGUGGAUGGCCGAGAACGCCUACAUCAUCACCUACCCGAUCAACGACGCGAAGCUCUUCAAUCUUGUCUUGUCACACCAUCGGCCCGAGAAAUUGCGUGCCACAGAGAACAACGUCCCGAUUGAGGAACUCUGGAACGAGUACAAGGACUUCGAUCCUCGUAUUCGGCGCAUUGUGAACAUGAUCGAUAAGACUUCUCGAUGGCCGCUGCUGGUAACCGGCCCCAUGAACUCGUGGUCUUCUCCUCGAUCCAACGUCGUGCUCAUGGGCGAUGCCGCUCACUCCAUGGUCAACCACAUGGCCCAAGGCGCUGCGACUUCAAUGGAAGAUGGCGCAUUCUUGGCUCGAUGUAUCGCCAAAGUGGUCGAGGGCAAAAUCCGAAUAGACCAAGCUGUUCGGAUCUACGAGGACGAGCGAAAGCCCAAGGCCUACAUGAAGCAGCAAGUAUCAUUCUUGAACGGGGCCAUCUGGCAAUUGCCCAACGGCCCAGAGCAGCGCGCUCGAGACGCUGCCAUGGCGCCGGAGCUCGAAGGCAAGUACUACGUCCGCAGCAGCAACCUCUACGGCGACCCACAAACGGUCCUCGAAGUCUACGGCUAUGACGCCGAGGCUCACGCUGAAACGGCUCUGCACAAGUAUCUCAAUGAAGGCAGGGAGUACGCCGACCCCGAGACAGGCGUGACGGAAACGCUGCGGCGCAAGUACAUGGACUGGUUUGCGGCGCGGCAAGAGUCCCCUUCGGAACAAUCUCAGCUUCAGCCUAGACUAUGA